AUGGCAUCCAUUAUAUUCGAAGAAACCAGCUUAAAACCCAUCCGUCGCAAGCAACUCCUCAAUAACAUUGUCGACGGUUUAGCAAAAGUUCGACCCGGCACCAUCUACGCUGAAGUCCCACCAUCCGCCACCAGCUACGAGUACGGAUACCGCAAGAUCAGCUAUGCUAACUUUGCAAAUGCAAUCAAUGGUCUCGCUCAUUGGCUGCACGAUACUCUUGGUCCUGCGGAAAACUUUCCUACUUUAGCUUAUAUUGGUCCGAACGAUUUCCGGUACAAUGCGCUGAUGUUGGCUGAUAUGUUCUUCAGUUCCCCGCGAAACAGUAUACCAGCCCAUACGAAUCUCUUCAAGAUUCUGGAGUGCAAAGUCCUCAUCACAGUUAAUCCCGUUCUCCCCAUGACACACUCAAUCAUCGAAGCCACCGGCGCCCGAGCAAUCGAGUGUCCAGAUGUGGACGAAUUGCUCGAUAACAUUUACCCCCACUAUCCCUUUAACAAAACAUUCGAGCAAGCACGAAAAGAACCAUUGGUCGUUCUACAUACUUCUGGAACCACGGGGUUUCCGAAGCCUAUAUUGUGGAACCAUGAGACGAGACUUUUGAAUACAUUACCGCCUUUUCAUGCAGGCGGAAUAUUCAUGACACUCUUAAAUGCAGUAUUCAACCAGACACCUUUUAUCUACCCCCUAUCCGGCGUGCCCCUCUCGACACAAAUAGUACUCGAAGCACUCAAGCACGUGAAAGCAGAUAGCGUUCUUCUCGCUCCACCAUUCGUUGAAGAAGUUGGUAAAACCCCAGAAAUGCUAGACUUCCUCGUCAAAAAUAUCGACGUACUUCUCUACGGCGGCGGCGACGUCUCACAAGCCACAGGAGACAAGAUCUCCAAGCGACUCAAACUAUCCAUGAUUAUAGGAUCUACAGAGAGCGGUGCGUACCCGGCCGUCUUCCCAAGCGAUAAAUGGCCAUCUGAAGAUUGGAAAUAUUUCCAUUUCCAUCCCAACGCUGGGAUUGAAUUAAGAUCACAUUCCGAAAACCGUCAUGAAGCGGUUCUCAUUCGCAAUACGGAUCCUGAGAAAUUCCAACCUAUUUUCUCCGUGUUUCCAUCACUGAAUCAAUGGGAAACCCACGAUCUAUAUGCUCCACAUCCUUCAAUUGCAGAUCUGUGGUUAUACUCCGGACGAAGCGAUGAUAUUAUUGUCCUUCUAACUGGCGAAAAAACGAAUCCUGUCAGUAUGGAACAACAAAUAUCACAUCAUCCUGAAGUACGAGCUGCGCUUGUCAUUGGUACGCACCGAUUCCAAACCGCGUUGUUGAUUGAAUUGAUAUCUCCCCAAGCACUUUCUACUGUGGAACGAGCAAAGGCAAUCGAACGUAUAUGGCCGACUAUUCAGCAAGCAAAUCAGGAAUGUCCUCGCCAUGCUAAAGUUGCUAAAUCUCAUGUCUUCUUCACUAGUCCGGAUAAACCUAUGGGGAGAUCAGGAAAGGGGAUGGUUCAGAGACAACCAACACUUGAUUUGUACUCGAAAGAAAUCGAUAAUCUUUAUGCCGACGCGGAUAAAAUGUCGAGCUCACCUUCACUAAACCUUUCAGCACCCGAAAUUGAAAAGCUUAAAAUAGAUAUGAAUGACAGUAUCUCCAUAAGUCGAUUCAUCCACGAUAAUAUUUCCCAGCUUAUAGGAAGCAUCACAUUUCAGGAUGAGGACGAUUUAUUCAUUCGAGGACUGUAUACCAAUCCUUCGGUUAAAUCUCUUGCCGAGACGAUAAUCCAGCUUUCUUCGCUCCACGAAGCGGAGAAGUCUUCGGAUAGUAAGUCUAGAGAGCAAGGUACUCAUGAUAGCUUGGUUGAAUACAAGGCUAUCUUAGACGAGAUCGCUCCCCCAGAUAACCAGACGCACUUGAACGGGGUAAAAGAUGCAGAUGGCACUUCAUCAGAAGAAAAGAUUGUUGUCCUCACAGGCUCCACCGGUACACUAGGAUCAUACAUAUUACAAACUCUUCUCUCAUCAAGCGCCGUUUCGCACAUUUUUUGUCUCAAUAGAACUGCCGGGGAACAAUCACAAAUCAAACGAAGUAAAGCUCAUGGACUUCCUACCGAAUUUCCUUCAAAUCGCGUCACAUUUCUCCAAGCCAAUCUCUCAGAAGAACGAUUAGGUCUUGAGCCCGAGAUAUUCGAAAAGGUCAAAGCCUCCGCAACACAUAUAAUCCACAAUGCAUGGCCUGUAAAUUUCAAUAUUCCACUAUCGUCUUUCCAUCCCAACAUCAAAGGCGUCAUCAAUUUGCUUGAAUUUGCAGCUACCGCAUCUCAAACACCUUCUCUAAUGUUCCUCUCAUCCCUUAGCUCCGUCGGUAAUUUUUCAGGAGAUGUCCCCGAAAGCGUAAUCACAGAUACAUCAGCAUCUCUUCCAAUGGGCUACUCGGAAUCAAAAUUCAUCGCCGAAAACCUCCUUGCCUAUGCCGCAGAUAAAUUUCCCCAUGUAUCCAUUAGCAUAGCUCGCGUGGGACAAAUCGCAGGUCCGGUCUCUACUACCGGAAUCUGGAACAAACAUGAGUGGUUUCCAAGUCUCGUGCUUAGCUCUAUACAUCUUGGUAUUAUACCCGAAUCACUUGAUUCAACCGACCGUAGCGAAGUUGACUGGGUGCCUAUUGAUCUCAUCGCUGAUAUACUUGUGGAACUUGUAUUGUCCCAGAGAAUUGAUCACAACCACGGUGCCAAAGUUUAUCAUCCCGUCAAUCCUGUUCUCGUUCCGUGGAAGUCAUUAUUACCUAGGAUUAUUGAGACCGCUACAGUAGGGCAAGAAAACAAAAUUACUCCUGUACCUUUUGCGAAAUGGAUUGAGCGUGUUCGAAAAGACGCCGAGGAUUUACAUUCAAAGAUUGAUUUUGAAGAAAUGUUGGAAAAGAACCCGGCUAUCAAACUAUUGUCCUUUUAUAAAGAAUUAGCAAAGGGAAGAGGUACGAGUAUCUUGGAGAAUAAGAAAACAGUACAGGAAAGUGGGAAAUUGCGUAGGUUGAUAGGUGUUGAGGCAGCCUGGGUUGAGAAGUGGGUACAUGGUUGGAUUGAAUGA